AUGGCGAGCGCGGAGCUCCUCGGCGCGGCGCCGGAGUCCGGAGGGGAACGUGGCGGUAACGGGUGGGAGCAGACGGAGGCCGUCGAGGAGCGGGGUGCGGCAGCCCAGGAUACGGAGCCGGCCGAGCUGUCAAGCGGGGCCGCGGCUCUGCUGGGGGACACGGGUCUGGCUGUGAUCUCCUGCAUCGCGGCGGCGCUGAGCUGGGAGCGGCCCCUCCACAGCCUGGGCGGCUUCGUCUGCGCCAACCUGCUCUUCUGGUUUGUUGCACUGACCACUUGGAGAGUGUAUCAUAUGAUUUCUCUUAUAAUGCUUGGAGUGCUAGUUCUUCAGAUAAUAAAGGAGUUGAUAUUCUCAAGGAAGAAAGGUGCGCAGCUUUGGAGGAUCAUCACAGGCAACUGGAAAGUCAUCAAUUCCAGGCAAGACUACAGACCCAGGAUAAAUCAGUGCAUUUCAGAAGCACUGAUGAAUUUAUUUGUAUUUCUUCAAGAAAUGUCCCACUUCAAGGAACAAAACCCUGGCAAGUUUUGCCUACUGGUCUGCAGUGUAUGUACAUUUUUCACUGUCUUGGGAAGUUACAUUCCUGGAGUUGUCCUCUCCUAUGUCCUGCUAUUGUGUGCCUUUUUAUGUCCCUUCCUUAAGUGCAAUGAAUUUGGACAGAAAGUGUACAACAAAAUUAAGACUGUUCUGAUGAAACUAGAUUUUGGAAUAGUGGAAUAUAUCAACCAGAGGCAAAAAGAGAGAUCUGAAACAGCAAAAACAAAACCCACAGAAGAUGACAGUGAAUUAGACAUAUCAGCUCUGUGUCCUAAGGUUAAUCCUGCAGUUGUUGCCAAAGAGCUGUCAGUGUCUGACACAGAUAUAUCGGAAGUAUCUUGGACUGAUAAUGGGACCUUUAACUUAUCUGAAGGGUAUUCUCCACAGACAGACACAUCUGAUGAUUUUGACCGACCUAGUGAUCAUGAAGAAGCAUUUGCUAGAGAUCUGUCAGAAUUUCCUUCUUUAGAGAAUGGUGCCGGAACAAAUGACGACGAUGACUCCAGCAUCGGUAUGCCCAUCCAGCAGAAACAAAAAAAGGAACACACGUACUACAAGGUGGAUCAUGCUUCCAGACAGAGUAAAGACAGACCGUCCACUGCGGGGCUCUCCUUGCCUUUGACCAGUGACCAAACCUUGAAUUUAAUGAGUGGAAUUGCUGGGGAUGUCAUCGCAGCUGCGGUGUCUGCUGCCAUCAAAGACCAGUUGCAGUCUGCGCAGCAAGCUCCCUCACAUGCAGCGCCCAGUUUGAGCGAGGAGACAGACACAGAGGAAGCUGAUGAUUUUGAACUGCUUGACCAGUCUGAGCUUGAGCAGAUUGAGAAAGAGUUGGGACUUUCACAAAGCCAAGAAGCAGAAUCACAGGAAAAGAAGAAGUCUUCAGGCUUCCUUUCAAAUCUGCUUGGAAAUCAUUAACCUGAAAUCACAGCUGGUAACAUAGAAGAAACAAAAACAAAACACAAAAAAAUAUUAAUGCAAAAAAAAAAAGGAAAA